AUGUUGACCUGGUGGGCGUGUCUUCUCUGUCUCGGACUGUCCCGGGCACAGCACACUGAGCCCAUGUUUACGGUCGUCACGAACACCAUCCUGCAGCCCAACGCCUUGCACAACCCCACCCAGCUGAAUUAUGGGAUGGCAGUGACAGAUGUUGAUGGGGACGGUGAUCUGGAGGUGGUGGUUGCCGGGUACAAUGGACCUAACCUGGUUCUGAAGUAUGACCGUAAUGAAAACAAGAUGGUUAACAUCGCCGUGGACGACCCAGGCUCUCCGUUUUACGCCCUGAGAGAUCCCCAAGGCAACGCCAUCGGAGUGUCAGCCUGUGACGUGGACGGAGACGGGAGAGAGGAGAUUUAUUUCCUAAAUACCAAUAACGCAUACUCAGGAAGAGCGACCUACUCAGACAAGCUCUUCAAGUUCCGCAACGGGCAAUUCGAGGACCUGCUGAGUGAUGACAUCAACAUUCGCAGAGGCGUCGCCAAUCGCAUGGCGGGACGAUCCGUGGCCUGCGUGGACAGAAAGGGCACUGGGCGCUACUCUGUGUAUGUAGCUAACUACGCCAGUGGAAACGUGGGUCCUCAUGCCCUCAUAGAGAUGGACGAGUCUGCCAGUGACCUCGCAAAGGGCAUCGUCGCCCUCCUGAACGUGGCCCCCCAGGCUGGGGUCAACAAGUACACAGGUGGGCGGGGCGUUGUGGUUGGACCAAUCGUAAGCCAGAGCAGGUCUGAUGUGUUCUGUGACAAUGAGCACGGACCUAACUUCCUGUUCCGGAACAAUGGGGACGGAACGUUCACUGACAUAGCAACAGAAGCGGGGGUGGACGACCGUACCCAGCACGGCAGAGGGGUGGCACUGGCUGACUUUAACGGGGACGGGAAGACCGACAUUGUGUAUGGAAACUGGAAUGGACCCCAUCGCCUCUACAUGCAGGGGAGCAAUCAGAGAUUCAAGAAUAUAGCCAAUCAGGCCUUCUCUUCACCCUCCCCCAUUCGCACUGUCAUUGCCGCUGAUUUCGAUAACGACCUGCAGCUGGAGGUGUUCUUCAACAACAUCGCUUACCGAGGCUAUGCCCCCAACAGGAUAUUUAGGGUGUCCCGUAAACAGAACUCUGACCCUGUGAUUGAGGAGCUGAACGUGGGUGACGCCUCAGAGCCACAGGGGCGUGGCACAGGUGCCACGGUGACAGACUUUGAUGGAGAUGGAAUGCUGGAUCUGCUGGUGGCUCAUGGCGAGAGUGCCUCUCAGCCCAUCUCUGUGUUCAAAGUCACUCAGGGCUCUUCCAACAAUUGGCUGCGAGUGAUCCCUCGUACGCAGUUCGGGGCGUUCGCCCGCGGGGCAAAGGUCACCGUAUAUACCAAGGAGAGCGGGGCGCACAUGCGCAUCAUCGACGGCGGGUCUGGAUAUCUGUGCGAGAUGGAACCAGUUGCACAUUUUGGACUGGGGACUGAUGAGGUCACUAGCAUCGAAGUCUAUUGGCCAGAUGGUCGGUCUAUGGCCCGUCCUUUGCAGGAGGGUGAAAUGAAAACAGUCAUAGAGAUUGCAUAUCCUAAUGAGGGGGAGGAGUCAGUGCUCACCUCAGAUGCACAGGUAUGGACGUAUGGAAAUGAGGAGGAGGAGUCAGUACACACAUCUCACAUGAAGUGCGGAAAAGGUUUUGGUGUUAGCAAAGAGGGACGCUGCGUAGUCACUGCUUAGAGGCUGUCUGAACGCCAUUGCAUGAUACACACGACACUUUUGCAUCGACAAAAAAGAAAAGAAAAAAAAAAC